AUGUACCCGCAAGAAAAAUUGGCAUUCAACAAACUUAUUUUGGAUCAGACUUGCUUCUGGAACCUUUCCAGAAUUUUAGGAGGAACAAUAGCCUAUGAUUUUGAUGUUUUUGAGACUCGUCGCAUUACAGCAAAACAAGAGCCUGGCGCAUUUGUUCUACACAUUACCAACACACAGAUAAGCGAUACUGCAGUCUACUACUGUAUCAAAGUCAGAAAAAGCAACAUGACAUUUUCAAAAGGAAUAUUUCUGAGAAUCAAAGGACCAGAACCUGAUAUCACUGCCGUCAAUCUGGAGUUUCCAUCUGUUCCAGUCGGUCCACGAGACUCAGUGACUCUCCAGUGUUUAGUCCUCUCUGGCUCAGAGAACAAGACGUGUCCAGAAGAACACAGUGUGUUCUGGUUCAGAGCCGGAUCAGAUAAAUCUCAUCCCAGUUUAAUUUACGCCCAAGGAAACAAUAAUGAUGGAUGUGAGAAGAGUCCCGAAGCUCUCUCUCCACAGAAAUGUAUCUACAGCUUCUACAAGAACGUCAGCUCUUCUGACGCUGGGACUUAUUACUGUGCUGUGGCCACAUGUGGAGAGAUAUUAUUUGGAAAUGGAAUAAAACUGGACAGUGAAGUUUCAGUUGUUGGCACGUGUGAUUCACAGAACAACAACACAAUUCUCUUUCUGCUGUGUGCUGCUUUGGCUAUAGGUCUAGUAGUUAUAGCCUUCCUUGUUUAUGCCAUCAGGAAUAAAUCCUGUAAUUGUUGCAACGCUGCCGUGACUCUGCAAACAAAUGCUGCAACAGCCAGCGAUAAUCAGCAAAGUGAGCAGAGCCAUGAUGACUCUUUGGUUUAUUGUACUUACCGGCUUUACCAGGGAGAAAAGCCCGACGACGCAGGGAGAAAAAAUGCAACAGCAAAGGAUGAGACGAUCUACAGUGAUGUUAGGGCUUUUGCAACACGCUAA